GGAGAAGUGCCGGAGCUCGCCGUUAGGGAGAGAGCGAAGAAGGGGAGGGAAACUCGUCUCCGUACUGCCAGACCUGCAAUUCCUUCUUCCUUCUUCCUUCUCGGCAGGGCUCUGCAAAACCCUAGCAGACCUCACCUCUUCCCUGUUGCAGUUUGACCGGCUGAGCUCGGCCAUGGAAGCAGAGAAGGAAGACAAAGUUGUGGCCGACGGUGCGGCGGAGGAGAGGGGGCAGCGGCAGCAAGUUGCGGAGGAAGUGAAGGAGAAGAAGAAUAAGCGGAAGCGCAAGGAGUUUGCGCCGUUCGGGAACUACAGGAACUACUAUGGCUACCGAAUUGGUCAUGACUUGGACGAAGAUCCUCGGUUGAAGGUUAUGAAGAAAGAGUGGUUUGAGGGCAAAACUUGCCUCGACAUUGGCUGCAACAACGGAAUAAUCACUAUCCAUAUCGCAAAGAAGUUUGGUUGCCGAAGCAUCCUUGGAAUUGACAUUGAUUCACAUCGAAUUGAAGACGCUCACUGGAACCUUAGGAAAGUUGUGAAAAUGGAAGCCAAUAUGAAGAAUUGUACAAAGUCUUCAGAGCCAAAGUCCGAAGAGAAUUCAAAUGGUCCUGAGCAAAUUGUUAAUUCAUCAUUAGAUGAGGAGGCCAGAAAUACUUCUGAUGACCUGCCUCGAGAGAGCAAAGAUCUUUCUACUGUUGUCUCUUUCCAGCACGAGAAUUUCGUUGAGAGUCGGCAUCCACUGUCUGCACGUUAUGAUACCAUUCUAUGUUUGAGUGUUACAAAGUGGGUUCAUUUGAACUGGGGUGAUGAAGGAUUGAUAUCUUUGUUCUCGAAGGUUUGGCAACUUCUUCAACCGGGUGGUGUUUUCGUAUUGGAACCUCAACCUUGGCGUUCUUACCAACAAAAUCGCCUUGUGUCUGAGACUACAGCAAAAAACUACAGUAGAAUUAUAUUCCGUCCACAAUAUUUCCAGGAAAUUCUUUUGGAUAAGAUUGGGUUUAGAACUGUGGAGGAUCUAACCUCGGCUUUAUCGGGAGCAAAAACAGGAUUUAAUAGACCGGUGUUGGCCUUCUACAAAUGAACAUGCAGUAAAAUUCCCAUGUACAGCUGGCUCUCAAGGGUAUCCUUCUGGAACUGGCAAAACCUUUCAUGCUUCCGCCGUUGGAUGAGAUCGAGUAGGACAUACGUUUCAAGUGUACCAUGAAUGAUUCUUUGGACUAAAUCGGCCCUAGCAGAUGGAAGAACAAAACCUGGAAGAGCAAGUUCAUGCAUCGAGUUUAACUCUGCAUUGGACGCAGGUGGAACUGAACGGCAAUUCCUUGGUUAGGGUCGCUUCUGAUCUGUCCUCCCGAUUCUGGUCCUAGUAGGAUUGAACUCAUUUUGGACAAUCCGAAGAUAUUGACUCAGUCAUCUUGGCUUGGUCCGAAUAGAAAUCUUGUGGAUGAAUCAAUUUGCUCGGUAGUUGAGUAAAAAGCAAAUUGCCUCACAAACCAACCGCACUAGAUAUAAUGAAAGGAUUUAUACGAGACCUCAGUUUUAUCAUCUAA